AUGAACUCCUCCAGCAACUCUAGCUUGGACUCCACCUCCCCGGAUUCGGGCCGCCUGAUUUCGAGCACCGUCCUGGGGUUGUGCUGUGCGCUGGGCCUCCCUGGUAACAUAGGUGUCCUGGUGGUCAUCCUGCACCGCACGUCCCGACGCCCCAACUUCACCCUGUGCCUCAUGCUGAACCUGGCUUCCUCCGACAUCCUGUGCCUGGCCACGGUGCCCGUGUGGAUCUAUACUCACCGGCAAGGCUGGACUCUGGGCCGUGCUGCAUGCAAGUUAGCCACCUUCCUGCUCUACCUCAGCCUGUAUGCUAACGUGCUAACGGUUACUCUACUCGGUGUCCAGCGCUACCUCCAGGUCCUCUACCCGCAGAUGUGGAACAGGCUGGGGCGCAAGGGGGAGGCGGUGCUGCUCCUGGCCCUGUGGGGGCUCGCCUGUGCCCUGACUGCCCCCGCAGUUGCCACUCGCGAUGUGCGUGAUGGCGAGCUCAAGUGCCAGCGACACACGGGCUCCGAUGCUGAAAGAGUUGCUGUCCUCGUCUUGGAGAACCUUUUAGGGUUUGUGAUUCCGCUCUCUGUGCUGGUCACGUCCUACUGCCGCCUCCACCGGCGGGUGAACCAGACGGCGCUGUUCAGCAGUGCCAAGAUGACGCGGCUGGUCACCAGUGUGGUGGUCGCCUUCUUCAUCUUCUGGAUCCCUGUGCACAUUGUCAAUGUGGACAUCGCCGGCAUUGUGCUGCAGACUUCCUGGCCAGAGGCAUCGGCAGCGCUGCUGAGACACAGAAGCGUGGCAGCGCGUGUUGUCCGGAGCUUUACGUUUUUUAACAGCUGCCUGGACCCCUUCCUGUACGCCUUCGCCUCGCGGAGGAUCCGUGAGUAG